ACAAUGUAAAAAAGGAGUUAGGGCUGGUUUGAUUUAGGAGCGGCUGAAGAAAGAGUUAAGUCAGAGAGAGAGAGAAAGGUGUGAAGGAAAAAUGAGCAACGAAGCAAAAGGCACGACGAAGAUCGAUGGUGGAUUUAGGUCAAAAUUGAAUCACGCCCUCUACAGCGGUGAAAAGAAGCACGUUUUCGCUGGCUUAGUUCUCAUCGCCGCCGUCUUUUCUGUACCAUGGUUUCUUAUGAAUAGAGGAUCAAAACAUCAGUCUCAUCAAGAUUACAUGGAAAAAGCUGAUAAAGCAAGGAGCCAAAGACUCUCAUCCAGACCUGCGUCUGCCAAAUAAUCUCGAUUAGGGUUCUGUUAAAGAUCACAGUUUCCAGUAACUCUAGAUUUAAAAGCCAUUAGAUAUGUUUGUUGGAUGUCCUUUUCUCUCUACUUUUGUCAUUGGGAUGGAUAUCCAUUUUUGUUCUAUUUGCACUUCACUGCUAAAUAGAUCGGAUUUUAAUAAUUAAAAAGACUAUCAUUGUUUGAUAUUUUGAUGUCAGUAAAUUCUCUAUGUAAUAAAAUAUGUUAGAUUUCA